AUGGCGGCGGACAUAAAUGCAAGACGGGACAAGCACAGCACAAUCGCUUUCACGUUGCCGAUUUCUUGUCAAAUUUGUCUAGGAAAGGUAAAACAGCCAGUGUUGUGUCCAAACAACCAUGUGUUCUGUUCCCAGUGUAUGGAUGUAUGGCUACAGCGAAACCAACAAUGUCCAGCCUGUCGUAUAACCAUAAACCCUGCUAAUCCUGUACGACAAAUUCUUGGAGGAUUAAACGAAGCCAUGGAUGACAAGGACAGACUUUCAAACCCUGAGCUACGCAAGGCUAGAUUUGAUGUGCUUUACAGAGAAUAUGAGGAAGAGUUUGAAAGGUUGAAUGCUGAAAAUAACUUACUGAAAACAGAAGUAAGUGUACUGAAACAACAGCUACAGAAGAGGGGCCCUGAUGGCAAAACUUCCUCUAAAGACAUAGGUCUGCCAAAGACAGCUGAUACUAAUGGACUGUUGCUUCUAACAAAAAAACUACAGGAUGCACAGAGACUUUAUGAGAAAGUGAAGAUUGAACUGGCUAAAACAAAAGAGGAAAAUAACUCUUUGAAGGAGGAAAAUGUGAAUAUUAACCAUGAAAAUCAGAAAUUAAGAGGAGAAAUUGCCAAUCGUUCUCCUCACAGGUAUGGACGCUAUACUGUGUCCACACUUGAGGCCAAAAUCCAGAGCUAUGAGAAGGAAGUGGGCCAACUGAACAAGGCAUUAGAGAAAAGUGACAAGUACAUUGAGGAGAUGCAGACAGAACUUGGUGAACUGCGAACUAAGUCUAAAGCAGACACAUUGUCCAGCCAGCCCUCAAAGUCCUCCUACACACGCUUUCUGCCCCCUGAUCCUCCAUUAACCUCAGGCUACGGUGUGGAUGGCAGCCACAAGCGACAGCUGUUCGGGGAGGAAAGUAGUGAUAAAAAGAAAAAACCAGAUGACCAAGACUAUAUGAAUGGUGAGUCACACAAAUACGCUCAUUACGAUGACCAGUCUUUGCAUGAACGGUACAAGUCUUAUGACACAAAGGCUAGCAUGAAACCUACAGCUUCCAAGAAUGGUUCCAAAUCAAAGCGGGUCACAUUUGAUCUUCCAAGGGAUAAAAGUGAAACAAUAUCAUUUGAUCUUGAAAUGCCAAGUCCUAUGACAUCAAAACUGUCGCUUACAAAUGGGUCAUCGGACUCGCCUAUCAAAGGUGUACUGAAACACAGUAAGAAGUCAAGUACUGCAGAAAUGAGUGACAGUUUUAGUCUUUCAAAGCCAAGCUCUUUAGAUGAUUCCCUUUUUGAUACUCGAAGAAAGCCAUCCACACAACGCUAUAGCAAAGAUGAUGAUGAUUUGUUCCGUCCAACAUCCAGGAGAAGUGACUUUAAUGAGAGUUUCAGUCUUGAACAUCCUGGGAGAGGGUCAGAUAGACAUGAUCAGGAACUUGAUGAUACUCAAGCUAUCCAGUCAGAGUUGGAUGAACUAGAUAUCUCUCUUACUCCAGACUUUACUGACUGUAUGAAGCUUCUAAAUCGAGCAGAGAAAAAGGUGAGCAGUCAUGGUGAUGAAGAAGAAGAGGACAUGGAUAGCGAAGCUGUGUACAGGCCUACAAAGGAUUAUUUGGGGAAUUACAGGUCAAAAGUUGACCCUCUGGAUCAUAAAGAUGACUUUAAAUCAAAACCUGAUGUUGUUACACAGGAUUUUAAAUCUAGGGAUGACUUUAAGUCUUAUUCAAAGACAGAACCUUCAAGGACUGAUACAACUUAUUCCUCAAAAUAUUACAACCCUCGUUUGGAGGAAGACUUCAAACCCAGUGCUGCUAGUAAGUCUAGCUAUGGUGUGAUGGUAGGGGAUGCCGAUUCAGUAAGCAGUAAAUACAGGACUUCACAAAGUGAUACAGACACUAUUGGUAACAAAUAUAGGACAGUAUUGUCAACUGCUACAAGCUACAAAUCUGAUUUGUCUAGCAAAACAGAUAGUGAUCAGUAUUCUGUGCCAUCAACAAGUACCUCCUCCAGUGAAAGGUACACGGACAAUUACAAUGCUGGUGGUGGUGAUGCCACAAGGUACCGUAGAUCUGUUGAUCGUGAUCUACUGCCUCCGCGAACAACUUCAGCAAGUUUGCCGCCCUCAAAGCCAAACAGCAUGUACAGUUCAGCUAGUUCUGCCCUCCAAAAUAAGCCGUCCUUGUCUGGGAAACCACUCAGUCAAAGUGGUUUUGGGAGGAGUCCUUCUGUUGACAAUCUAUUUAUGUCUCCCAAGUCUUCUCAAAGUACCGGCAGCCGCUAUGCCACGGCAGAAGAUAUUCCUUCCUUCAAAUCAAAACGCCUCAGUCUUCCCAGCUAUUCAUCCAGCACAAGCAGCAAGCCAUCUGUCAGCAAGUUUACAACGGGAUCGUAUGAGUCGGACAGACAAGGUAGGGCUCUUCCUGGUUCUUUGUCUGAAACUAACCAGGAAUACUCGAAGGCGUCCCUCCCUCCACGGCCAUCCAGAACAAGGCCCUACUCGGACUAUGGUGCUACGGCUGGUAGUUAUGCUAUGAGUGCUACUAAUAUGGGUACAUCUGCCAGGUCUUCGCUAGAGAGUGCUUAUCCCUCGUCAUCACGAUUUGACCCGGCCCCCUCAUCCUCGCGCUAUACAUCUGCACCAUUAUCUUCCUCCACCUCCACAACCUCCUACCUCCCAACCACCGUAACUUCCAUUAGUGCCAGUAACACAUAUUCCACAGCUCAUCCACCCUCUAGAUCCACCUACCCUGCUGCCUCUCUCACUUCAACCUACCCCUCAUCCUCUGCCUACCCCUCCUCUGCCCCACCCCCAACAUCCUCAUACACCAGCAAACCAUUGGACCUUGAAACAGCUACCAAGGGAGGUUACAGCUACCUUUCAAACAACUCAUCCUUGGGCGAGUUCUCAAAGUCAGAUUCCUAUCUACCUGAACCCAAGAAAAGACUGUUUGAAUCAAGUGAUGAUUUUGAUGUUUCCUUGAGUCCCAUCAAGUCCACAAGGAAAAUGUGA